AUGUCAACCUAUCAGCUCAAAAUGGCCCAGUCAUUCCAUAUUACCUCUAUUGCCUCGGGAAGUAGUCCCAUAGAACCAAGUAAUCGUGGCUCCGACCUGGUUGCACCUUUCGCGCCAACUCUGAAGUUGACCGAGAAGGGAACAAACGCAGCGAGGUCGGAGCGCAAGGUGAUUGUGGUGGGCGCUGGAGUGUCCGGUCUACAUGCUGCGGCUGUCCUGCACCGUCACGGCUGUGAAGUGGUGGUGUUGGAAGCGCGCGAUCGCAUUGGUGGAAGGAUCCUGACCAGCAGAAAGGGCGAUCAUGUCCGAGACAUCGGGGCCGCUUGGAUGCAUGAAACUUCCCAGAAUUGCUUGGUGAAGCUCAUUCCCCGGCUGUCGAUUCCCUAUUAUUAUGAUGACGGGCUCCCUCUCUACUUCACCAGAGAAGGCCGGGCUGGAUGCCAGUUCAAGGCCAAGAAAGUGGCAGACGAGUUUGCCGAUUACUGCGAGUGGUUCUACGAAACCAACCCGGACGCAGAGGACCGCCCCGUUCAUGAAUUUGCAAAAGAAUUUGUCCUCCAGCAUGAGCUUAUCACCGAGGAUGAACGCGAUUGGGCCCCGCAGGCUAUCCGCGAGGUGGAACUGUGGAUUGGUACCAGUAUAGAGCAAGCAUCGUCGAAACAUCUUUCUUACUUCAUCACCGAGCGCAAUCUAUAUAUGGAGGGUGGCUAUGAUCUCAUCGUGAACUGGACGGCGGAGUCUCUCCAAAGCGAUGCCAGCAUUAUCCGACUUAAUCACCAUGUUGAGAACGUGGAAUGGAGUGAAGACGGGAUCGUUCCAGCCCGAAUCCAGUACAAGGAUGCUGCUGGAGCAACCGGCUUCAUCGAAGGAGAUGCGGUAGUUAUGACCAGUCCGCUAGGAGUCUACCACCAUGAUCUUAUCUCAUUCAACCCGCCCUUGCCGAGUGAUAUCCAAGAGGGCAUGUCCAGAGUUAGCUACGGCGCUUUGGGCAAGGUGUUCUUUGAAUUUGCCGAAGUUUUUUGGUCCAAAGACAACGAUCAGUUUGUCUUCUACCCAUCGCCGCCCGAAGAAUCGGACCAUUCGUCCAGCUCAUCCGUGCGGUCUAAUACCAGCGUAAGCUCCCUCGGAGGGAACGAUAACAUUCUUAACUACGCCACCGUGACCAUCAAUUUGUGGAUCAUGACUGGCGGCAAGGAGCUGUGCGUGCAGAUUGCGGAGCCUCUGACGCAGCGCGUCGAGGCCAUGCAAGACUCCAAAGAAAUCUAUCUGUUUUUCGAACCACUCUUCAAACUCUUCCGAACAGAGCCUUAUAAGGCCUUGCCUCGCCUGAUCAAUGUUGAAACUACACAUUGGACCCAGGACCCGUUGGCUGGGUAUGGAACUUACUCUGCCGACAAGGUCGGGGACGACCCGCAGCUGCUGGUUGGUGCGUUGGAAAACCACAAGGCCAGUCGCUUGCAGUUUGCUGGCGAGCAUUGCACUCAGAUUGGAAAUGGAUGUGUGCAUGGUGCUUAUAAGACGGGUGAAACCGCUGCUGUCAACCUGCUCCAGAGCUUUGGGAUUCCGUUUGAUGGAGUUGAUCUCCUCGGUUUGAAAUGA